CUUGGGUGCUGUACGCACGCAGGCAUGUCACUGUUGGGACACCACGUGUUUCCUGCCCAAGUUGCAGGGACUGGCAUGAGAAAUGAGCCGGGCUGCACCGACAACCUGUGGCUGGCAGCUGGACCUCGUCAUCACCAUGCGCGCAGUCACCGGGAUGGGGUAACCCAUGGUUACGGGGGAGCUGCCCUCCCACUGCUGUAUAAGAGCCCUGUGAGGGAACCCUAGACGAAGCUGCCCUCAGGACCACGGAGCACAGCAGCAUGUCGCCUGCCUUCCGAGUGCGCUGCCACUUGCUUCUGCUCUGCCUGUCGGCGCUCCGCGGACACAGCUGUGCCGCCGAGCUGCGGGAAGCGGUGGAUUACGAUCCUUGGCGGGUCUUCGGCGCUAGCCCGAAACGGGAGGUGGCUGGGGAGGAGCCUUAUCACCGCGCGCUGCGCUGCCUGGAUGCGCUGAGCCUCCAGGGCCAGUUCACCUUCACCGCGGACGAGCCCCAGCUGCACUGCGCCGCCUUCCUCAUCGCAGAGCCGGGAGAGCUGCUCACUGUGCAAGCCGACCAUGCCUCGCUUGACUGCCAACGUGGAGACUUCCUGAAGGUCUUCGACGGCUGGAUCCUCAAGGGAGAGAAGUUCCCUAGCACCCAGGACCACCCCCUACCCACGCCACAACGCUAUGUGGACUUGUGUGCCGGUGGUCUCAGCAGAGGAGGCAUCACGUCCUCGCAGAAUGUGGCCAUGCUCUUCUUCCGGGUCCAUGAGCCAGGAAACGGCUUCACGGUGACCAUAAGGACACACCCAAACCUCUUCCCAUGCAACGCUGUCUCCCCGAGCCCAAGUGGAAGAUUCACACUGGUGGUGCCGCAGCAGCGCCGCAACUGCAGCUUCUCCGUGGUCUACCCGGUCGUGGUGAGGAUCUCCGACCUGGCCCUGGGCCGCUUCAGUGGCCUGCAGCUGCCCUCAGCAGGUUGUGGGGGAACGGGAGAUUUCGUGGAGCUCCUGGGCGGGGCCGGAUUGGACCCUUCCAAGAUGAUGCCCCUGGCUGAUCUCUGCUACCCGUUCCGUGGACCUGCACAGAUGAAAAUCGGCUGUGACAGCACUGUGGUGCGCAUGGUCUCCAGCGGGAGACACACCAACCGCAUGACUGUGGAGUACCGCCAGCUGGAGCCACAGGACAUGGAAGCCCCAAGUGGGAACAGCCUGCAGCCCCCCUGUGUGUCGGGACCCUGAGCCCCGGCACCAGUGACUGCAACACGGCGGGGAACCCUGGUGCCCUGCUGGAACCCCCACCCUUCCCACCUCCAGCACAUGCUAGCACCUGUGCACAGACGUGUGAACUUUCCUACUUGGCCGCUCUCUGCAAUCUACAGAUGAUCCAUGUGGGGGAAACCACCCCUCUGGCAGGAGCAACGUUCUUAACCAGAA